GGCAUCAGCAGCAGCAGCCAAUGCGACCGGGUGGGAAGACGCGACGGGUCACCAAGGAUUUCAUUCAAAAACGAGUCGACCCGGCCAGGAUGAAGUCAGUUUUUCGUCGUCUUCGGUAAAGCGAACAACGCGGUAAAGCAUCACGACCCCAAACAAGCCUCAACAAGCCUUACCCAGCACCAGGUAGACGUGGGUAUCGAAACGUAGCGAAACACGGGAUCGGUCAUCGGUGCACAAAGGUGUUUAGUUUUCGUGGCCAGCAGCCUCCCUCGAAGAAGGGAAUCGUGGCAUUUUGAAGCGAAUAUCCACCACAGCUGUUUUGGAGGUCUCUUCUGUCGCGGUCUCACUGUUUCGCUUAAUAAGUGGACGUCUUUCGUGCUGCACUGAUAACAGCAUCUCAACGUUACAAAAGUUUUGCAAAAAGGGGAACUAUCACGACCAGCGUUUAAGUGUGCCAGUAGGCUCUUCAAGGACGAAGGAGUGUAUAUUUACAAAAACAAACAAACAACCAAAACGCUAAUAAUAACCGUGUCUAGCGGAAUCAAUCAAUUAUCGCACGGUCGUUCGAUCGCCGAGAUUAUUGUCCCGGAAGUUUCCUGAGCGCCUUUUGUUCCAUUCCGCCCUCCCUCCGCAACAACCCACCAGCCGGAACUUGUUUAGCUGGUCCAUUUUUAUUUUCGCAUUUUCGUUGUUGUGGUUUGCAUUGAUGCGUGUGUGUGUACGAUUGGCCUCGGUUGUGGAAAUAGAUAAAACCUAAUCCGGUUACAGGUCACUGAAAGCUGUUUUUGGGGUGGAAAUUUUGGGAGGAAAGCGUGGAAGAGGUGGAAAACAAAAAACACCCGAUUCACUCGGAAUCGGAAGCGAACGGAAACGAUACCGAACCACACAGGAGAGAAAGGGGGGAAGAGGGAGGGUGUGUGUUUGUGUGCGUGUGAAGAAGAGAACGGGAAAAAGCUUGGCUGAGCUGGUGUGGAAAGUGCAGAAACAACACACGCAAAAACCAUCAACAACGGUCACCGCACGGUUCCGAGUGUGGUGAAGCGCGCGCGACUGGUGUGGUCAAACCGUUCCCUGUGCUUUUUUCUUGCGGGGGGUGUGAACAAAGGUGGUUGGGGAUGAGUUUGUUAUGCUAGUGGUGUGUUCUGCGAGUGUCAUUGUUGAUGUUGUGGUCGCCUUUGUGCUAUGCUUAAGUACCUGAAAAGUUGAGGCAAUAGCUUCUGCUGCUGCUGCUGCUGCUGCUGUAAGAUCAACCGUUAUCGAUCGUGACCAUCGGAGACGAACUUCAUCACGUUUCACGGCUGUUUGUCGGCGUGUCUGUGUGUGUCUGCUGUUCCCUUUUUUCGUGCUAGCGUGGAAGAAAAAACUCGUCAAGACGUGGGCCGAAAUCAAGAAAGGUCUCCAAUCGCUGUGGAUGACUACGCUUUGCAGCCCUUGGAACCAAGGUCAGCGGGACGAGUAUCCUUCAAAGGCGUUGGCGAACUUUCUGUACACGUCGAACUUUAGCACCAAAGAGAUGGAUGAUAUACUGGUUGAGGAAUGCAAUAAUAGGAACACCGUCUAUGUGCUGAAUUCCAGCUACCGAUAUGGGAACAUGGACAUGAUAGAGCUGUUCGGUACACCGGCCGGCCGUGCGCUGACGGUGAAUAAUAAAACUGCAGCCGAAUUGCACCAGAGCCGUCGGACCAUUGCUGGCGGAAGUAGCAGCAGCACCAGCAGUACGACCGAUUCCCAUCUGUGUCCGAGCACGAUCGGCGGUUUGCUGACGGGUAGCAUAAAUUCGACCAACAUCAGCAGCAUCAAAAUCAGCGGACCCGAUACCAUUGCCACUGCCGGUCAGCAUCACUUCAUCGAAUCGAGCGAAUUCAUUAGAUUUGCCUCGUCCAGCAAGGGACCGGCCACACCGUCAUCUGUCACCUCCAUCGCCUUUCGCAACAACAAAUGUAGCAGUAAAAGCGCCGACAUUAGCAGCAGUAAAAAUGGGCCGGCACACGACCAACCGAACAGACGAAACAAUUUGAAAAUGGCCAAAUUUUGGAAGCUCUUCGACGAGGACCGGUUACGGAAGGCUAACAGCACGGAACGGAUCGGCGAUAAGCUACGGCAAAGAUGGGUCGCAACACCACCACUCGAGCGGCCGGAAACGGUUGACAAAUCUGCAAAUGAUUUGUACAGCGAAGCGGCCCAACUGCUAGGUAUCAAAUGUUCCCUGACCGACAGCUGUCGGUGCAUAGAUUGUCAGAGUCAGUACUUUGAUUGCGAUGACGACGCGGACGCAUAUUCGGAAUAUUCCGAUAAAUCGUACGACAUGGAGGACAAUUUGUUCACGAAUCGAUCAUAUUAUAAUGAUCUCUCGACCGUGCCAGGGAUGCCAGAUGCAGAUACCUACGGAACCACCACAAUCAAUGACCGUUUGAAUCGGAACCAAGCGUCACAUAAUGGCGCCUGGGACACGGAAGGCAACGCGGUGCCGAAUGAUGUCAAUGGUAAUGAAUGUGAGCAUUAUUUGCAUAGCACCCACAAUCCGUCUUCAUUGAAUUUAGCAUUGGAUGAGGGACAGCUGCCGGCAAACGACCGAUCUCAAUUGCCAAUUGAUACGUCCGACACCGAACGACGGAACGGUAGCGAACAAUCGGCUGAAGCACCCGAUGAGGAAUGUGCCGGUGGUGCAAAGGUUGCAUGAGACAGGACCUUGGCUUUGGAAGAAGCCAACGAAAACACUUCCGCAACGUUUUCAGCCACUAUUAAGGAGGAAGAAAGCAUCGUACUCGUUACGGUGGAUGGGUUCAGCUGUACCAGCGCAACCGGGAAGGAGUGUUCCUGUUCGGGCUGCUAGCAUUUUCGAUUCGUUUUAUUUAUUUACACAUCGACCGAUGGGCAAUGAUAGCAAUAAUUUCAACUCGCAUAGUAAUUGGGACAUUGGUCCCCAACCGAGAAAGGGGGUGUGCUGAUUCUUUUGUAAAACUGUGAUUGUGACGAGUGCGCUACGCUAGCAAAUGUUGGUUUUUUGGGCUUUGAAAAGGUAAAAUAGAGAGACAAAAUUCAUACUUUACUGGAGUGAUGAUGAUAAAAACGUUUAAAAAAACCCGAUUUGCUACAAACGCUAAAACAGUGGUUGAAUGUUGGCUUCGGUUAAUAUCGAUGCAAGAAAAUUAUAUUUACCAUUUGGUACUGAAUGUUUUCCAACCAAUAUACGUAAAUAUGGUAUCAUCAAUUGCAGUCGCACCUUUUUGACGUUAGGCCUGUUAUGAAGCGCCUUAAAUGAUACUGAAAGUAAGAAACGAAAAAUAUAAUUAAACGUAAAUCAGCAUAGAAUCAUUGCACAAUAAUUGUUUUUCUUUAUGUUUCCUUUUAAGCGUUUAAACUUUCAACUACAACUACAAUAAAACGAACUCAAGCCACCGAACGAAACAAUAUCAUUUCUCUAUCUUAAACAAAAUAAAACACACAAUAUCUCAUGCCCAAUAUGUAAGUGUUCAACCGAUCGUCAUGACGAACCAUGACGGGAGAAAGAAUUUACUACAAAAUACAACAAAAAAAACUGUUAACUUUCCAUUAAAUGGACCAACUGCUCCUGGUCUAAAGACCAAAAAACCCAAAAAACAAAAUACGCAGCACAGUAGGAUAAAGUUAGAUGUUUUAGCAUCGGAAACGGAACCGCAAACGGAAAACGAAAAUUUGAUAAAACGCUUAGUUAAAUGACUUGUUGCAAAACAAAAAUCUCUAACUCGCUCCUUAGGUAUUACGAAGCACAAAAAUUACAUUCCACGUUGCGGAUAGGACACAGAUGGUAGUGAGCCAACGAUGACUUGUUUGUGAAACAUUCUGAAUAUGAAUAUGAACAUUUGCCAAAACCAACCAAAAAAUCAAAAUAUACAAAAAACCUUUAAACAAUAUGUGUAAAUGUGAAUGUGUCGUGCAAAACCAAAAAAAAAAGUACAUAAAAUCCUUGUUACAUUGUAAUAUGCCUUUGUACCUUAUGGUGAAAAACAAACAAAAAAUUGAAAAUCAAACCAAAAUUUAAAAUUUGCGUAAAAGCCCCCCCCCUCCCGGUUACCGAAACCAUUACAUUAGUGAGUGAACCCUAUUUAUUAUAUUUUACUGAGCUCUAUAAGAUUCAAAGCGAACAUUGUUAUUAGGAACGGUAUUUGUAUGGUGGCAUCAGUACCAAAGAAGAUAUAUUGCAAGAAGCAUAGCGCCAAUAUGUAAGUGAAUGAGCCAAAUCAACUAACACAGUAAGAGUAUGUAUUAAAACAAACGACACACUUAUCUCGUAUAGAAAGGACGUACCCAUGGAUCGUGUGAUCAAUGCUGGAGUUCUGUAAAACAAGAUGGAAGUUUGUAGAAGGUUUAAACAAAAUGUCGAUGGCAAGCAAAGCGACGACAAAGGUACGAGUGAAAAUGCUAAUAUGCGUAAGAAAAGCUGUUGGUAAUGAUGAUACUUUCAAUAAAAGUUUAAACUAUCCCUACGAUACUGCCCAUAACAUUA